AAACAAAAAUAGUGAAUCUAUAGAGUAUAGUUUAAUAUUUAAAGCGCGUCUUCGAAUCAAAAAUCGAAUCUUGUUCUGGUUUGGAUCUGAGAAAGUGUCGAUAUGAGAGUUCGAUCUAGAGGGUUUAAGAGACAAUGACUGGAAUGUCCUUUGGACUUGAGAGUUAUGAUGGCUCAUUGUCAUUGCACUUUCUCAAACCUUGAGCUUUUGAGUCUGCAUUAUCUUCUUCUUGUUUCUUCACAAUGCUCACUUCUAAUUCUAAAGAGAAGGAAAGGUCCCUCUCCUUCUUAUGUUGCUGGUACUUAGGUCGUCGACGAGUUGCUAUGCUUCUCCUUCUUAGCCUUGCAUUUGUUGUCUUUGUCUUGGGUUCUUACACUAUCAACAAAGAGGGCAAUAGUCCAAACAUUCAUCAGAGUAUUGAGACGAUGGAUUUUGGGAGCAACCAAACACCGAUAAGUAGAGAAUUGACUUCUUUCUAUACACAGAACUCUGAUAAUAAUCAUAUUAGAGAUUCUUUUAUGUGGAAUGGCAUUGGAGGAAGUGAUGUAGACGUCAACCAUCCUUCUCCAUCGCAUCACCAUCCGUGUGAUAGUUUUUCAUUUCCUCCUCCUCCACCACCUGGAAUGAGAAGGCCUGGUCCACGCCCGUGUCCGGUAUGCUAUCUACCUCCAGAAGAGGCAUUAGCGCAUAUGCCAAAGUAUCCAUUUGAAUCUCCCAUGCUCAAGAAUCUGACAUAUAUCCAUGAAGAGAGUCCUGUAAAACCUGAAGAAAGCCAAGGAGGCUCUGACUUCGGAGGUUAUCCUUCUCUUGAGCAUAGGACUAACUCCUUUGACAUAAAAGAGUCCAUGACAGUGCAUUGCGGAUUUAUUAAAGGAACAAAACCGGGUUACCAAACUGGAUUUGACAUUGAUGAGGAUAUCCUUCAUGAGUUGGACCAGUCCCAUGAUGUGAUUGUCGCGUCAGCAAUAUUUGGAAAGUAUGACAUAAUUCAAGAACCAGUGAACAUCAGUGAAAUGGCGAGGAAGAACAUCCCAUUCUACAUGUUUGUUGAUGAAGAAACACAUUUAUACCUUAAGAACACGUCGAGUUAUACAGACGAUAACAAGAGAGUAGGAUUGUGGAGGAUCAUUGUUGUACAUAAUGUCCCUUAUACCGAUGCACGGCGUAAUGGAAAGGUUCCGAAGCUUCUACUGCAUAGAUUAUUUCCAAAUGUCCGGUACUCUAUAUGGGUUGAUGCAAAGCUCCAGAUUGUUGUAGAUCCAUAUCAAAUCCUUGAGAGGUUCUUGUGGAGAACGAAUUCUAGUUUCGCAAUCUCGAGACAUUACCGACGUUUUGAUGUGUUUGUAGAGGCUGAGGCGAAUAAGGCUGCAAGAAAGUACGACAAUGCCUCAAUUGAUUACCAGGUAGAGUUCUACAAGAAGGAAGGUUUAACACCUUAUACCGAGGCUAAACUUCCAAUAACUAGUGAUGUUCCUGAAGGUUGUACCAUCAUAAGAGAACACAUACCGAUCACAAACCUUUUCACGUGUGUUUGGUUCAACGAGGUAGAUCGGUUUACUUCCAGAGAUCAGCUAAGCUUUGCAAUUGCAAGAGACAAGAUAAGAGAGAAAGUUGAUUGGAACAUCAAUAUGUUCUUGGACUGCGAAAGACGCAACUUUGUGAAACAGGUAUAUCAUAGAGACGUUUUGAUGAACAUGAAACCUCCUCGAGCUUCUUCUAGAGUUCUUCCCGAGCCACCGGCUUUGCCACGUGGAAGAUUAGUUGGUGGUAGAGCCACAACGGGGAAGAAGACUCCGGGACAACGCGGAAAAAGGCGUCACCGGAAAGUUUCAGCCGCAGUUUCGAUGAAUCCAUCUUUGUUUCGAGUAAUCUGUAUACUCCAUUCGAUAAUUGCGCUUACUAGUGGAACCCUAAUGAUGUUCUACACAGAGAAAGCUUCAAUCUUUGGACCAGGAAGUGAGAUUGCUAGCAAACUAAAAGGAUCAACGCCACACGAUGAACUACUCAUACAGAUUUCUCAAUCAUUCUCUGGUUUGCUUCUCUUUGCAAUUGGUUUGGUACUGUUCAUGGUGUCCUUUGUGAAAGACAGAGAGUUUCAUAGCUUCUUCGCUAGUGGUUCUGUGAUUCUUUAUGUGUUAAUGGCUAUGUGGAGGGUUUUGUUCGAGUGGAAAAUUGAAGAUCUUGCUUAUGAAUGGCCUAAACAAGCUCUUGGAGACAUUGCUUUGGCUAUUUCUUGGGUUUUCUUUCUUGUUUAUUCUUGGAGAGAGAAGAUGAGUGGUUCACAAGGUCAAGACAGUGCGUGUUCCUUGGACCAGCCAAGCAAAAAUGUGGUUGCCACAGAGACGAAACCAAAGAAGAGGAUAUGUUGUGCUUGUCCUGAUACAAAGAAGCUAAGAGAUGAAUGCAUUGUAGAACACGGUGAAUCCGCUUGCGCGAAAUGGAUCGAAGCUCAUCUUUCGUGUCUUCGAUCCGAGGGUUUCAAAAAUCAAACUUUGGGAAUUUCGUCAAUGGAGCCUGACGUGGUGGAGAUCCCUCCUCCUCCUCUGAUCGCUUCGGGCUCUAGAACUCGUAAACCCAGAAAGGCUGUUCCUGAAGUGAUUGAUGUGGAAAAUUAUGAAUUCCGGAAUGUUGGUGGUCUUAAUGGUGGUAACAAUGUUGUUGAUAAGAAGAACAAAGGGAAGGCAAUACAAGUUGACUCCUUUUCUUACAACAACGUUCAAUCUCAUCAUCCUGGAUCUUCACCGAUUAACUUAGAGACGUUCCAAGACUGUUAUGGUCAUAAGAAUAACCCUUUUAGUCAAUUUUCUAAUCAACCAAUUGAUGUUGAUGACUACACAAUGUUUCAAGACGUUCUAGAUCCUAAGAAUGUCCCAGCCGGUGCAGAGGUGACGACGCUACCUUGGGGUUUAAAUUCGAGCAGUAAGGGAACAGCGAAAUCAAGUAGAAGCAGUUUGAGAAGUCAAUCGAUGAAAGAGUAUGGAACCUCAUCUCUGGCAACUACUCAUGUUCCUCAAGCAACUACUCAUGUUCCUCAAUUAUGGGAUUAUUCUUUGCCUCAACAGAAUCAGGCUAUCUAUUCUUCUGUGUCGUUUUCUGUGGUUCAACCUCAGACUCCUGAUGUAUUGAUGGUCCCGAAUCCUACUCCAAACUCUUUUAGCUUUGAUGCUUCUGCUAGUUCUUCUCGCCCUAUAGCGGCUGGGCCUAUUUCUUCAGUUCAGGAUUCUUCCAAUGUCAGGAAAAUUAAGGAAGAGUUUCUGAGGGAUUUUAAAAGAUUUGACACCGUUGAGGAUUUCUCAGAUCAUCACUAUGCUUCUAAGGGUAAAUCUUCAAAGCAGCACUCCAAGAAUUGGGUGAAAAAGGUGCAAGCAGAUUGGAAGAUUCUUGAGAAUGAUUUGCCAGAGGCAAUAUCUGUCAGAGCCUGUGAAUCAAGAAUGGAUCUUUUGAGAGCUGUAAUUAUUGGAGCUGAGGGAACUCCUUACCAUGACGGUCUUUUCUUCUUCGAUAUUCAGUUCCCAGAUACCUAUCCUUCAGUACCACCAAAAGUUCAUUACCAUUCCGGUGGGCUUAGAAUCAACCCAAAUCUAUACAAUUGUGGUAAAGUAUGCUUGAGUCUUCUCGGUACCUGGGCCGGUAGCGCGAGGGAGAAAUGGCUCCCAAAGGAGUCGACAAUGUUACAGCUUCUUGUCUCAAUCCAAGCACUCAUCUUGAAUGAAAAACCAUACUUUAACGAACCUGGCUACGUACAGAGCGUGGGGACUGCAUCAGGCGAGUCCCAUUCUAAAGUUUACAGUGAGAACGUAUUCGUAUUGUCGUUAAAGACUAUGGUUUACAGCAUGAGAAAACCACCCCAGCAUUUUGAAGAGUAUGUUCAAAACCAUUUCUUCGUCCGGUCUCACGACAUUGUGAAAGCGUGCAAUGCUUAUAAAGCUGGAGCUCCGCUUGGAUCGAUGGUUAAAGGCGGAGUCCAAGACCUUGAACAAGCUAGCCAGAGCGGCUCCAAGAAGUUUAAGACCGAUGUAGCUAGCUUUAUGCAGACAGUGGUUGAUGAAUUCGUCAAACUAGGAGUCAAGGAGCUUGCAGAAAAACCAACACCACCUGAGAGCAAUGCUAACACAGAGAAUCAGAACAAUAAAACAAACCGUAAGAGAAGCAGAUCAUCGAGAUUUGACACCGUUGAGAAUUUCUCAGAUCAUCACUAUGCUUCUAUGGGGAACUGGUUAAAGCAGCACUCAAAGAAUUGGGUUAAAAAGGUUCAAGAAGAGUGGAAGAUUCUUGACAAGGAUUUGCCAGAGACAAUAUUUGUCAGAGCUUGUGAAUCAAGAAUGGAUCUUUUGAGAGCUGUAAUUAUUGGAGCCGAGGGAACUCCUUACCAUGACGGUCUUUUCUUUUUCGAUAUUCAGUUCCCAGAUACUUAUCCUUCAGUGCCACCAAAAGUUUAUUACCAUUCCGGCGGGCUUAGAAUCAACCCGAAUCUAUACAAAUGUGGUAAAGUAUGCUUGAGUCUUCUAGGUACCUGGACCGGUACCAUGAGGGAGAAUUGGAUCCCCAAGGAGUCCACAAUGUUGCAGCUUCUUGUCUCAAUCCAAGCACUCAUCUUAAAUGAAAAGCCAUACUUUAACGAACCUUUAUAUGCGCGGACCAAGGGGACUUCAUCAGGCGAGUCUCAAUCUAGAGUUUACAGUGAGAACGUAUUUGUAUUGUCGUUAAAGACUAUGGUUUACAGCAUGAGAAAACCACCCAAGCAUUUUGAAGAGUUUGUUCGUUGCCAUUUCUUCGUCCGGUCUCACGACAUAAUGAAAGCGUGCAAUGCUUAUAAAGAUGGAGCUCCUAUUGGAUCGAUGGUUAAAGGCGGAGUCCAAGGCCUUGAACAAGCUAGCCAGAGCGGCUCCAAGAAGUUUAGGACCGAUGUAGCUAGCUUUAUGAAGACAUUGGUUGGUGAAUUCGUCAAAUUAGAGCAAAAAGAAAACUACCUGAGAUCAAUGCUCACACAGAGAAUUAAUGCAAUAAAACAAACCUUAAGAGAAGCAGAUCAUCGAGAGACAAUAUUUGUCAGAGCUUGUGAAUCAAGAAUAGAUCUUUUGAGAGCUGUAAUUAUUGGAGCCGAGGGAACUCCUUACCAUGACGGUCUCUUCUUUUUCGAUAUUCAGUUCCCAGAUAGCUAUCCUUCAGUGCCACCAAAAGUUCAUUACCAUUCGGGCGGGCUUAGAAUCAACCCGAAUCUAUACAAUUGUGGUAAAGUAUGCUUGAGUCUUAUCCGUACCUGGACCGGUAAAACGAGGGAGAAAUGGCUCCCCAAGGAGUCCACAAUGUUGCAGCUUCUUGUCUCAAUCCAAGCACUAAUCUUGAAUGAAAAACCAUUUUUUAACGAACCUGGCUACGAGAAAUCCAUAGGGACUCCAUCAGGCGAGUCCAGUUCUAAAGCUUACAGUGAGAACGUAUUUCUAUUGUCGUUAAAGACUAUGGUUUACAGCAUGAGAAAACCACCGCAGCAUUUUGAAGAGUUUGUUCGUAGCCAUUUCUUCGUCCGGUCUCACGACAUAGUGAAAGCGUGCAAUGCUUAUAAAAAUGGAGCUCCUGUUGGAUCAAUGGUUAAAGGUGGAGUCAAAGCCCCUAAACAAACUAGACAAAGCGGCUCCUAUAAGUUUAGGACCAAUGUAGCUGUCUUUAUGAAGACAGUGGUUGAUGAAUUCGUCAACUUAGGAGCAAUAAGAGAAGCAAAUCAUAGAGGUUUUCUUUGUGGGAUCGCUUUCUUUAUCACAAUUGUUGCUUUUUUGGCAUUUGGUAUAGCAUCAAAGAAAUUCUAGCAAAUAUUGGAAGCUGCGUUUUUCAGCUGCCCAGGCCUACUUACAUGGUAAUAGAUUAUCAAACUGUUA